AUGCAAUUUGGAAUAAUUUCUUUAAUGCUGUUAUUAAUUGGACCUAGUGAAGGAUUCUUCAAUGGUGAUCUAUCAACAGUGAGGAACAAAACAUUAAAUCGUCUUAAUUUAACAUGCCGCUAUGAUGAUAGUUUACUAACUAAUUCUGAAUAUUGUGUUUAUCAAUCUUUUUCUAAUGGUUCAUCGUUAAAAACAUUAUAUGACUUCAUGAGAGUGACAAAUACAUACAAAAUUACAACUGAAAGAUGUACAGGAUUUUCAAAUACAGUUGAUAUUGGCUUUGGACUUUGUUUACCUCUGCAAUUUGAAUUAUUUGAUAUAUCAAUACUUUGUAUUUGUGCAACAAAUAUGUGCAAUAUGAAUUUUACUUCAUGUCAAUCAUCAGUAACUAAUCAAUUGCAAAUAAACUCUGCACCUUCUGUACUUUCUUCGAUGGUUCCUGAACUGAAUACACAAAUAUCUUGUUAUGAUUCAGCAGAUUCAUAUAAAACAAGUUUCUAUUGUGCAAAUUUUGCUUCUCCUUAUAUUGAUAUUCAAAAAUGUAAUGACUAUACUAUGAAAAACACGUUAGUAUGCAUGUAUCAAACAUCCAGCGAAGGUGAAUUUUUUCUUGCAGUCACUGUAGAUAUUUACAAGUAUUAUCUAUCAGGAGCACUCUAUAGAGUAUAUCAAUUUAACCAGGAAUCAAGUACAACAUUAGCAUAUAAUGAAACAUCAUCUUCUUUCUAUAUCAAUUAUAUUUUACGUUAUCUAGAUGGUAAUAAAACUGUAUCAUUGAAUAUUCAGAGAUGUUUUUGUACUCAAAGCUAUUGUAAUUACAAUUUAACAACUUGUCUUAGUGCGAACGGAACAACAACACCAAUAUCAAUGGGAAAUAGUGUGAGAAGUAAGUUAUUAAAUAAUUAUAGUUUUCAUAUGAAUAGUUUUUUUUCCAGAAAAUCCAAACAAUAUCAUUGUUUUCCUUUGGUCUUAUCUUAUCAUUAA